GUCACGUGUCAAAAAUAGUAUGAUUUUAGGGUAACUGCUGUGGUAGUUAGAAACUAAUGGAGAGAGAGAAAGAGGUAGACACAGACAGGGAGGAGGGGAGGGAGAGACAGCGGGAGAGAGACUGGGCGAAGUGGACAGACCUCACGUUGAGCUCGCGUGAACCUCGGCAUCCUUUCCCCACGUCGGAUUCACUUCAGCUCCGUUAAACCUCUGGACCACCAUGGCACACACACGGUAUCCUGUGCAGCAUGCACCCUGCAUGGGAAUGUGUGAGGAAAGUAGAUGAAAUGAAGAUGCAUUUUAAAGAGAAGAGAGGAAAAACUGAAGAAUGAGCAGCUGCAAUAAACCAUCAUAAAGGUCCGCAUCUGAUCAGCGUUUCCUCAGCCAUUCCCUGAGACAAACUGGUCAGUGAACAUUUGCAAUGGCAGCGCAUGUUGUGCUUCUUUUUCUCUUGUUCUGUCAAGGGGAAAGAAAUGGCAUUUCAGAGGCCGCUGGCCUUUCAGAGGAAGAUGAAAACUUGCAAGUAAUAUCAAGCAAAAAGCAACUCGUCUUACCUCAUCCAGAGGCCGUGGAUAUCUUGUUUGUGGGAAUCAAAGAACUGGAAAGCCGUGGUCAAGAUGCAAAGGAUGACGUAACAUCAAUGCCGAAUGUGGCUUUUCAACUUAGUCACAGAAAUCCAGCUGAUUUUGACUUUAUGAACAGUCCAGUGAAGCAGACAGAGUUACUUAGUCGUCUUAAAUCUUCUGUUGCCUCCUUAUUGUCUAAACAUAGCCCUGAACUUACUUUGAACCACAAGAAAAGUAGCAGUUUGACUUAUGGAGAGGUUGAAGGAGUAAUUAAUGGUCACAGCCUUGUGCCAAGGUCAGAGGAGGACUACACUGUCCAGCCUGGGCUCUAUGUGGACACUGGAGUUGGUGACAUCCAGCCGGAAAGGACUCGAGGCAGUUCUAAAUGGGUCACAGAGUCUGAACAGAGAUGGUCGAAGUCGUACCUGCCACCAGUGGAGCCUCACCCCCGGCGCCGCAGGAGCUGGCUCUGGAACCAGUUCUUUGUGAUCGAGGAGUACAGAGGGCCCGAGCCUGUGCUCAUCGGACGGCUGCACACAGAUAUGGACAGAGGAGACGGGCGCACUAAAUACACCCUGGAAGGGGAGGGAGUUGGUUCUGUGUUUGUAAUCGACAGCAACACCGGGAACAUACACGUGACCAAAUCUCUGGACCGAGAGGAAAAGGACCAGUAUCGUCUCGUUGCAACAGCUACCGAUCGAGAGUCUGGCCGAGCACUGGAGCCCUCCUCAGAGUUCAUCAUCAGAGUGCAGGACAUCAAUGACAACCCACCUGUCUUCCCUAAUGAACCCUAUGUUGCCAUGGUGCCGGAGAUGGCCAAUAUAGGCACAUCUGUAGUCCAAGUCACAGCCGUUGAUGCUGAUGAUCCAACGUAUGGAAACAGUGCUCGACUGGUGUACGGGAUAAUUCAGGGCCAAGACUAUUUCUCUGUGGAUCCCGAGACAGGCGUUCUGCGGACAGCAGUGCCAGAUAUGGACAGGGAGACCCAGGAUGAGUAUCUGGUCAUCCUCCAGGCCAAAGACAUGGGGGGGCAUCUGGGUGGAUUAACAGGGACUACGACUGUCACUGUGAAGCUGAGCGAUGUCAACGACAACCCUCCUCGCUUCAGAAGGAGUGCGUGGUCGUUCUCCGUGUCAGAGCUAGCAGCACCAGGUGUGGAGGUGGGCCGUCUCACUGCCACCGAUCCGGACCUGGGAGAAAAUGCACAGCUGGAGUUUACCAUCAUGGACGCAGAGGAGGCUGAAAUAUUCAACGUAACUGGAAGAGACAAAGAGGCUGUCAUCGUGCUCAACAAACUUCUGGACUAUGAAUCCCGCAGUUCGUAUACUUUCUCGGUGGAAGUCAUGAACCCUCUUAUGGAUCCCAGAUACAUAAAGAAAGGGCCCUUUAAGGAUCAGGCAACAGUCCGAGUCAUGGUCCUUAACGCUGAUGAGCCACCACGUUUCUCCCAGAACUGGUAUCACCUGGAUGUAUCUGAGAACUGUCCUCCUAUCUGCUCUGUUGGCCGGGUUCAUGCUGUGGACCCAGACACAGGACAAAGCUCCAACAUCAGAUACUCCAUCGAUCCUCAAUCAGACCCUGAGGCUCUGUUCCGCAUCGCAUCUGACACAGGUUUUAUCAGCACUGUGAUGGAGUUGGACCGUGAGCAGGACCAGUGGCACAACAUCACAGUCAUCGCCACACAACGGGACAAUCCAAAUCUUGUGUCAAGAGUUGUGGUUGCCAUAGAGACACUAGACCAGAAUGACAAUGCACCGGAGCUGGACAGGCAGUACAAAACAUCAGUCUGUGACUCCAGCUCUCCUGGUCAGGUUGUUCAGGUUCUACGAGCCAUUGACAGGGACCAAGGAGGACAGGAGACACCGGUCCACUUCAGCAUCCCUCCAGAGUCCAGCUCUGCUCUAAACCUCACCGUCAGAGAAUCCGGAGGUGUGACAGCCAGCUUGGUGCUUCAGUCAGCCUUGGAGCCCCUCCCUGGCUUCUCUUCAUCUUUGCUCACCCUCUACGUGCCAGUAGUGCUGCGUGACGGGGCCUCAGGUCUGACCAACACUGGCACGGUCACUGUGACCAUUUGCCCGUGUCUGCAAGGAGGCAUGCAGACGGAGGACAGGGGCAGACAGAGGGACAGGAGAUGGGAGAGACACAUGGUCUGCCUGCCCGUGCCGUCCGCCUCACCAUCUCUCAUAUUCAGUUUGGUCACAUUGCUGGCCAUGUUGGCUUGUGUCACCACUCUGCUGGUGGUGUGUGCACUCUCGCUGUCAUUGCGCCAUCAGAAACGAGACUCCCACUCACCCUUUGAGGAGGAUGAUGUCAGGGAAAACAUCAUAUCCUACGAUGACGAGGGGGGAGGGGAGGCAGACACCGCAGCUUUUGACAUUACAGCGCUGCAGAGCAUGCACAGAAUCCAGCACAUGCACAACAACAGAAACAUAUGGUACACCCAACAGAAUCCACCCAGAGCCAGGACGUACAGCUGGAGCCGUUACCCCCGCCCCAGUCUGGGCCCUCAGCAGCGUCCGGGCUCCGCUCCGCUUUACGGACGCCUCUGCUACGGCGUCAACACACUGCCUGUUCUCAGAGAUUACCCAGCCGGGCCACUGGAGGCAGGCCUUCAGCUGCCUCAGCUGACCCAGGGGCUCACAGGAGGUCAUUGUGGCAAUUCUCCCUUCAUCCCAAAUCAGAGCACCUUUGAGCCUCUGCUGCGCUCUCCUGAGAUGAGCCUCGGUAGUUUCCAAGCAGAACAUAUGCUGGCGAAGAACACAAUUACAGACAGAAAUGAAAGCAGUGAAGCGGACGCAGUCAGUGCAAAAGCGAGUGAGGAUCACAGCAAGAUUAAUCCAACAGAAACAGAGUCGACAGCAGCCAACAUCACUGCAGAUGUGACCUAUGAGUCCUCGUGCCAGAGUCACACCAGCUUCUCAUCAAACCAACGAGAGGACCGACCGGGGUCAUCGCAGACUCAGACCAGCACCGGGGCCACCAGCUGCACUGUGGAUGACAUUGAUACUGACUCCUCCAUUCCCUCCGUUUCAGAGCAAAAUUAUUCAAAUGGCAGCCGAAUCAGCUGCGUGAACCCUCCUGCUUCUCUGAAAGGAGACACAUACAGCAUUGUAGGCUCGCUCAACCCAAACAGCUUAGGGGAGUGUAUGAACGGGACUAGCAGCAGCGGGGUGUACUCAGCAGGGCUGCAGCUACUCAACGUUGCCAGGCUCCAGAGAAAAGACACGACCCCGCAGCCUUUGCCCUUACCUGAGGGCUUGUUGAGCAACAACAAAGGCUGGGCGCCCGGGGCGGAGCCUCAGAGAACAGAAGCCGCAAACCCGCAGCCUCUCCGGAUGGAAGAGCUCCUUAACAUCCGCCUGGAUCGGGUCACCUUUGACCUGUCGCAGCCGCCCUACGACUCGCUGCAGACAUACGAGUUUGAGGGCCGUGACUCUCGGGCCGAGUCGCUGAGUUCACUGGAGAGCGACGGAGAGAAGGACAACGGGAAGGAGGUGGGAGGGAUGGAGGAGCUAAACCAGAAGUUUCAAAGGCUGGUGGAGAUCAUCCGGGAAAGGAAAAAGGAGCGGGACAAGGAGACGCAAGCGAGCAAGGAAGGUGAGGCUGCAGAGACCACCCUGAAUGAGACUCUUAAACAAAGUGAGGACAAAGAACAAGUACAGCAGAGAUGGGAUUUCUAGACUCCAAAACAAGACAGGUUCGAAAGAUAAGAGCUGUCUUAAACACAGCAGGGGUGACAAAAGAUGGAGCCUCCGACAGAAAUCGUUUUUUCUUCCUGCCGCAAAGAAUCCAGACGGUUGUCGGUGCAUGACGGACCGGUGGGACAGCCAGUGCAGUGUUUAGUUUUCACUUCCACUGUGUUAAGAAGCUUGGGAGCCUGUCACUGUUCACACUGAUCUUGUAACUGAUAUUAAUAAUGCACUUGGGGCUUUCAAAGCCAAAGUUAUGAAAAAUUUACUUUUCUUUUUUUAAAUAUUGAUUUUAAAUCCUGAAAGCCUCAUUGUUAGAAAAUAGGCUUCAUCAAAUAUUGACAGAAAUUGUGAUAGUUGAGCACUUGCACGAAAAUCUGUGGAAUCUGAGCUCAUUUGCAUCUGAAUUAGAGAAUUUCAGAAAAGCCACACAGACGUACGGAGAAGAAACGUGGGUUUCCACUGCCGCCCCAGUCGAGACUAAAUGUACGCGUUUAUACCCUGCAGCUACACAGAAACAUUCCCUCAAGUUGUCACUGUUAUAAUAAAAAGAAAAAUCUGCUCACGCUGUAAGACCAUGAAGACUAACACUCAAUGACUUGUGAACUGUUGUGAAAUAACAUUCAUAUGUAGAUAAACAUCAACUUCAACUCUGUUCUUUGUGGCUGCUGGAUAUUUACUGGAUAUUUACACAGGAAUCAACUGUUGUAUUUAGUUGUUUUUAGUUAUUCAGCUGACAAUACAGUGUUCCCUUUAAUUCACCCCCAUAAGAAUCCUAAUCCUCUAUUAUGUUAGCAUUUGCUGAAUUAUCCCCCGAGUUCUCUUCAUUUUGCACCUUUUAAAGAGACAAAAUAAGGCAAGAAGCUAUUACAUGAAGCUGUUCACACACUCAUUGUUUUUGGGAUUAGUGCCACAAAACAGCCAGCAGGAAAAUAAGAUUUUAUUCUAGGAAUGUAUAAUGUUUUUCAGGAAUUCAACCGUGACUCAUUUUUAGAGCAAUUUCACAACAGCCUUCAUUAUUCUGAGAAAAGCCAGAAUGAGUUAUUAACAUAAUGACAUUAUUUUCACUAACAUGAUAAAGCAUAUUUUUGGCUUUUACCCCGUUAUUCUCACUGCCUUCGUUCCUCAACAGAGGAAAUUUAGGCCUUAAUCAUCUGUCCUUUUAAUAAGAUUUGAACGGUUUCAAACUAAAUUUGGCAGAAAUUUAUUGGCAUUCACACAAGAAGCAUGUGCUGACGAAGAAACUGUUUUCCUCGGGCAAGAGACAGAAACAGAGUGAAAGGAAAGGGACAGACCGUAAUGCACAUUCGCCGCAUACUGUGGCAUGUUUCUAGCAUCACACUGCAAGUUCUGGGAGUGUGUAACAAAAUAUGGUCUGAAACAACAAGUUCCCCCUCCCAGAUCCCAGGAGAAAAUCUCAUGUAAAAUAUAGAUGGGGUAAAUAAAGCAACGAGGCAGAAUGUGGAAGCCAAGCUGCACUAUUUCAUCUAAAGCAGACAGAAAUAAUAAUUCAGGUGUUUUAAAGGUACAUUAUUGUUUAUGUGCACUUGAAAGGAAUCCAAGAAAAGUGCAGUAGUGCGAGUUGUUGUUAAACUGACAGUACAACGGUGCCACCUAGUGUUACAUGUAGGGACUGCAUCAGCAUGAGGAGAGAAGUUUGGAAGCAUUCACCCAAAAACUUAGCAAAGUCUUGAUAAUGUUUAUGGAUUGGAGGUGAAAAGGGGACAAUGGACAAAUGAUGUAGCAGGGGUCAGAAAAAGAGUGCUGGUUAAAAGACCUUGCAGCUUUUUAUCAUUUAAUUUAUUGUAUUUUUUUUUCUUUUUAAGUGUUUCUUAUUGUUACACUUUUUUUUCUUCUGGCCUCUAUUU